AUGGAGUCGUCCGCUGACUGGAGUGAGGCCUAUCAGGCAAUGUGGAAGGGGGAGGCUGCUGAUUUUCUGAACCAGCUCAGGCUGCUCUCUGGCAACUACUUGAUGGCAAGUGGGGGUGAUCCCAGUCCCCACUGUGGAGACUCCCUUACUUCGCCAGGGCUAAGCGCUACCACCAAAGGCAGCGACAACAUACCUUAUUGCAUACUCAAAAUGGACAAAUUCCUUGAUGA